AAGCGUUUCCGUUUACCCGCCACCAUGGGAGAGAAAGCUUGGAGUUUGAGAUUUUAAAUCAUCUUCUUCCUCGUGAUUCAUCAUCAAAAUCCCACCUUCCUUUUCACGUCACUUUCUCUCCUCUUUCAUUUCUUUAUCUCCCCCACACUAUAAAUAUCAUCUCCUUCACUAUUCUUUCGUCAACAUCCUUCAACAUGGGAGACAAUCGCAAUGUUAAUCUUCCGCCGGGCUUCAUAUUCUGUCCCACCGACGAAGAGCUCGUCGUUCAUUUCCUUCAACGAAAAGUCUCUCUCUUGCCCUGCCACCCCGAUGUCAUCCCCGAUCUCGAGCUUUAUCCAUGCGAUCCCUGGGAACUCGACGGUAAAGCUUUGGGUGAGGGAAAGCAGUGGUAUUUCUACAGCAGGAAGACGCAAAAUCGGAGCACCGGCAAUGGGUACUGGAAGCCGAUGGGAAGCGAUGAGCCUGUGGUGAAUAGCGAUGGCGGCCAGAAAGUUGGCAUGAAGAAACAUUUCAUUUUCUACAUUGGGGAAUCAGGUCCGGCCGGUAUCAAAACUAAUUGGAUUAUGCAGGAAUAUCGUCUCUCCGAUCCCGAUUCCGGCAGCAGUAGAUCGUCCAACCGUAGAGGAGGAGGACAUUCCAAUAUAGAUUAUAGCAAAUGGGUUGUUUGUCGAGUAUACGAAAGAAGUGAAGAAGAAGAAGAAGACGAUGGAACAGAACUAUCGUGUUUGGAUGAAGUGUUUCUGUCAUUAGAUGAUCUGGAAGACAUAAGCUUGCCAAACUAAGACAUGUGCUUUUUGUCAUAAUCUUUAGGGUUUUUGUCCAAAAUGUCUUUGCAGGAAGAAGAAGAAG